AUGCGACGAGUGCACCUUCUCAUCUUCCAAUGGCUGCCUUCACUCUCUUCUGUUGCGGCACAGUUCCAGGGCUUCAACCCUUUCGGAAAUGAUGAGCUCACAUACACAAUUCGUGUCCCUCAUGGCACAUCUAACUCCAGCCUGGGACCCAUAUACUUUCAGAUGAACUCUACAAGCUCUGUGGAGUGGUUUGCGUUGGGACAAGGAGUUGCUAUGCACGGCUCUAGUAUGUUCGUGGUGUAUACCUCGAGUGACAUCGUUACUCUCUCUCCGCGAGCAGGCAAGGGACAUUAUGAGCCGUUGUACGACAGACAUACGCAGGCCUCACUCAUUAAUGGAAGCGGGGUACACGAUGGAGUCAUCACCGCUAAUGUCCGGUGUGACAGUUGCAGCCUUCCUGGCGGUGGCAUGGUGAAUCUGACCGACACUUUCAGUCCCUGGAUCUGGGCUGUCAAGUACGGAGCACCGUUGAAUACCAAGAGUGUGACAGCGAGGAUUGCAGAGCAUGAUGUCUAUGGUACGUUCUUCGUCAAUCUGACUAAAGCAACGGGACCAGACAGUGAGAAUCCAUUUGUCAACUUGGAUAAGUCUUCGAUUACGAGCGCUUUCCCAGAGGUCUUUGACCAUGAAGGCUUCGAUAGGAAGAGGACCGCUCACGCAGUUUUGAUGAUAGUCGCAUUUGGCUUGUUAUUUCCCCUAUCCGCAUUAAUACUCCGUAUCUUGCGGUCUUCUCAAGUUGUGAAAAUUCAUGCUUCGCUGCAGCUCUUCACGCUUGCCGUGACUAUUGCAGGCUUUGGACUUGGAGUUGCAAUGGCCAAGGAUGUUCAUCUUCUGAAACAUCACCACGCAAUCAUCGGCAUGGUGGUUGUAGGAUGUCUGGUUCUCUUCCAGCCUGGCAUGGGUCUUCUACAGCACCGAUACUUCCGGAGGACGGGCGACAAGGGUCCCUUUGCUUACUUGCACCGGUGGCUCGGGAGAGUCAUGAUUAUCCUGGGAGUGGUGAAUGUAGGUUUUGGAUUUGAGCUCACAGGAAUCGGUUCUUCUGAUGUACCCAAGGCAGCGGUGAUUGGCUAUGGAACGGUAGCAGGAGUCAUUGGGAUAGGUUACGUGGCGUUUGUCAUUUUGACUGGGCAACGGGCCACAUCGAAUUGA